UAUCAUAAUUCAACAAAAAAAAAAUUAGAGAAAGUGGAAAGAAAUUCAAAAGCACAUCCACCACCCCCGCUAUAUAAAAAAGGAGUGAAGGUUUUAUAAUAAAAGAGAAAGAGUUUUUCUGUUGGAUUUCACAAAUGGCUUCAAGGUUGCUGUGGGCAUCAAGGGCUGCUUCCUACCUCAGAAUCCAAACCGGCCACAGAGGGUUUGCUUCUGUUGUGAAGGAUCUCAAGUAUGCCGAUUCUCAUGAGUGGGUUAAGGUUGAUGGAAACUCUGCAACUGUUGGAAUAACCGAUCAUGCUCAAGAUCAUUUAGGUGAUGUUGUGUAUGUUGAGUUGCCAGAAGUGGGGGCUUCUGUGAAGCAGGGCGAAGGCUUUGGAGCAGUCGAAAGUGUCAAAGCAACUAGUGAUGUUUACUCUCCUGUGUCAGGGAAAGUGGUUGAAGUCAAUGAAGAGCUUAGCAACUCACCUGGUUUGAUCAACGCAAGCCCAUAUGAGGAAGGAUGGAUAAUGAAAGUUGAGAUCAGCGAUAGUGGUGAACUGAAUAAGUUGUUGGACUCAGAAAAGUACACCAAGUUUUGUGAAGAAGAAGAUGCACACUGAUUGAUCCUGGCCAAUGGCAGCAGGCGGUUCUCACGGAUGGGUUGCUUCUGCACAGAAUGUAACAGUGGUAGUCAAAACUGCAAAUUCACCUUUCUACUUUUAUGCUAUGUUUUUCCUCCGCUUUUCUUCCGCAUGAGUAAUCAAUUUUAAUCGGAUUUUUGUUUCGAUCUGGAUAAUGAAUUGUAAGUUCUGUCGUUCUCCUAUUCGGUCUGUCCAUUGAUGUUGUAGCAGAUCUGGAAUUUUGUGAAAUGUUCAUUAUUGAGAAUGAAGUGCAACAAAUUGAAGAGGAAUAAUUUCAAACAUGUUUUUGGAAGUCAA